CAAGCGUUUCCGGUUUGGCGCUCUGUUUAUCAACGAUUAGCUUCUACUACAGCAGUGGAAACGUCCAGUGGUUAUGAGGAAGUCUUCCUUGAAAAGAUAUUCAUGGAAAUCUUCAGGAACCAAGAGUUGAACGCACUGAGGAUCGAUGUUCCACAGCUGCAUGUUUGGGGGGAGCAGGAGGUUGAGGAGGAGAUGAGCUCCAGUCUGGAUCAGGAGGAGCCAGAGCCUCCACAGAUCAAGGAGGAAGAGGAGGACCACUGCAGCAGCCAGGAGGAAGAGCAGCUUUUAGUGAAGCAAGAGAUCAAAUCUGAGUGUGAGGAAAUAUUUGUAAUCCAGUUUGAAGACCCCUCUGAGAAAAAUACCUGUAAAGAAGAGACGGAUGAUGAGCAGCAACUUUGCAAGGAAGAGAGGAGCUCCAGUCUGGAGGAGGAGGAACCAGAGCUUCCAUUGAUCAAAGAGGAGGAGGAGGAGGAGGAGGAGGAGAACUGCGUCAAUGAGGAAGGAGAGCAGCUUGAACUAAAGCAGGAGAUUAGUGCCUUUAUCGUCACUGAUGUUAGUCCAGACAUAUCUGGAGAAGCUUUGAAUCAGUGCAGUAAUUUCUCAACUCAGAUGAAGAAACACACAGAGGAGAAGAACUAUUCAUGCGAGAUAUGCGGAAAAGAUUUCACCGUAUCCUCCAGAUUAACUGUCCACAUGAGAACGCACACCGGGGAGAGGCCCUUUCUUUGUAAACUAUGUGGUAAAACCUUCAAGCAUAGCGGUUCUUUAAAAGCUCACACAAGAACCCACACAGGCGAAAAGCCUUUUUCUUGUGAAAUAUGUGGAAAGAGUUUGAUGAAAAAUAGUUCUUUGAAAGAUCACAUGCGAACUCACACAGGCGAGAGGCCCUUUUCCUGUGAAAUCUGUGCAAAGGGUUUUGUCAAAAACAGCUCUUUGAGAGACCACAUGAGAAUUCACACGGGUGAAAAGCCCUUUUCUUGUAAAACAUGUGGAAAGGCUUUUACCCAAAACAGUACUUUACAGCAUCACAUGAGAACUCACACAGGCGAAAAGCCCUUUUCCUGUAAAAUAUGUGGAAAGGCUUUCUUCCAGCCUUACAUAUUGACCAAUCACAUGCGAAAGCACACAGGUGAGAGGCCCUUUUCUUGUGAAAUAUGUGGAAAGAGUUUUAUCAGAAACAGUUCAUUGAAAGAUCACAUGAAAUCUCACACGGGCGAGAGGCCUUUUUCCUGUGAGACGUGUGGAAAAUGUUUCUUCCAGCCGUACAGUUUGACCAAUCACAUGCGCAUUCACACCGGCGAGAGGCCUUUUUCUUGUGACAUUUGUGGAAAAGCUUUCACUCAAAGCGGUUCCUUGCAGCAUCAUGUUAAUUCACACCGCUCAGAGGCCUUUCACCUGCGACACGUGUGGAAAAGCUUUUACGCAGAACAGUACGUUGCAGCAUCACAUGAGAACCCACACAGGCGAGAGGCCUUAUUCUUGCACACUGUGCGGAAAGAGUUUCAGCCGGAAUGAUUCUUUGACUUCUCACGUGAAGACUCAUACGAGCGAGAGGCCUUUUUCCUGUGAACAGUGUGGAAAGCGUUUCAUCAAGAGCGGUUCUCUAAAAGUUCAUAUGAAGUCUCACACAGAUGAGAGG